GACAAGGAGCUCACUCUUCUAUGUUGAUAUAAUCGAUUGCAUACAGAUUAUGCAUUUUUAAGAAUCGCUUUUUGUUUUAAUUUAUUCAAGCAUCUGGUUUGGUAUGCUUAAACUGAGGAUUUCUCUAUUGAUAAGAACUACUGGAAAUUUAUAGGGUAAGAAAAGUCUUAUUUGGGAUCUGAUUCAGUGGUGUAUUUGAUUUGAUUUGAUUUUGUAAUUUUCCCUUUAAUUACUUCUGUUUUUCUAUGGGCAUCACAAUUGAUAGUAUGGUUACUGGAGCCAUCCAAAUCCCUCUUCUUUCAUCCCUCGUUUAGUGUCUAAGAUUGGAUUGGAUAGCUGAGGACAUUAAAAAUUUUGUUCAAACUGAAAGUAAAAAAUAGGGGUAUUGCUCGUGAAGAAAACUUAUCCCUUCAAAUCCCCACAAAAUGGUAGAUUACGAAGAAUAUGUUUUCUUCGUGUCUAAUCUCUUAUAAUAUACUCCAAAUGAAAAAUCAUUCAUUUUUAUCUUCACAGGUACCUUGAAUUACACGUUACCAUUCAUUGAUGGAGCACGCGUAUCUCGUAUUCGAUACUUCAGUGGAUACCAUACUCGCCGGAUACAAAUGGCUGAUAUGGAGAAAACAGAACUGAAGAAGUCAGAUUCAGCCGGGUUGGACAAUAGUAUCACUCCAGAUAGUUCAAUGUCGCUGGUAGAAUAUCUGGAAGAGAUGGACCAGAGCAUGAAGCAAAUGCUGAAGCUGAUCAAAGAAGAUGGUGAUUCUUUGCCCAACAAAGACGAAAUGUUUUUGCAGAAGAACCCGGAAUUAGUUCAGGAAUUUCACCGGAUGUAUCGUUCACUGGCCGGAUGCUAUCAACACUUGAACAAAGCACAUAAGGGGUUUGGAGAUUCUGAAUAUGGUUUCAACCAAGGCUCUCCUCUGCUUACUCCCGAUGCUAAACAUGGUUUGCGGAAAUCCGACGAUCAAGUUGUUGGUUUUGAUAUAUCACUAAGCUCUGAUGGUUCUAGUCCAGCUCUUUCUAUAAAGAAUGGCGCUGAAUCAUCUUCCUCUUCAUCAUUGGGAUCCGAGUCAGAUUCUCCUAAUUCCCCGGUCAGCAAUUACUUGGUUCCACCUCCGAGUGCUGAUUUCGACAGUCAGGGAUGGCAGCAGAAGAUUGCUGAGCUUGAAAGAGAAGCUCCAGGUAAAGGAGUCUGAUCUUACAAUGGAGAAAAUGCGUGUCUUCGAGCUGCAAGAACAGACAGUUGAGUUGGAAAAUCGUGCAUCAGACAAAGAUAAUGAGAUUCGGAAAUUGAUGGAGGACUUGGAAGUGACUAAAAAAAGGCCUAAGGGGUCGAACAAAGAGAUUGCGAAUUUGAAGCAUGAACUUGCCGAUAGAAUUUCCAAAGGCGCUGAUCAAAUGCAAGGUUUU